AUGGCCGACAACAGCGGGAUCCAGUCCAUUCAAUCGAGCAAAAUCAAUCACACCAUGCAACGCACUGUCUACCUGUUUGGCCAACCUAUUGCCCACUCCGUCUCGCCAGCCUUCCAUAACACCAUCUUCAAGAAUGUCGGCUUGCCAUGGCGUUAUAUCAGACUUGAUUCAGAGGACAUCGAGGAUUUGAAGUGGCUCAUGUGCCGGGAAGAUUUCAUCGGAGCAGCUGUCACAAUGCCUAACAAAAUAUCGACGAUGGACCAUGUUGAUAUGCUGACUCCCGAAGCACAAACAAUUGGAUGCAUCAACACAAUAUACAUACGUCCGAAUCCAGAAGGAGGUGAAAAGAAACAAAUCUACAUCGGUACAAACACAGACUGGAUCGGCAUCCAGCGGGCCCUCCUCAAUGCGGAUCCUGACCUUCCAAAACAUCUGCCAAAGCUCCCGGCACUGGUAAUCGGCGGAGGGGCAACUUGCAGAUCUGCGAUCUAUGCUCUCACAGAGGGGCUCGGCUCUCAAUUGGUUUAUCUGGUCAAUCGCGAUCCUCAGGAGGCCAGAGCUGCUAUCAUGGCCCUAAAGCAAGCGGGUUUGCGUCAAGAAAUCCGUUAUUUGGAAAGCGUUGAAGAUGCACAAUCAAUCAUCGAGAAACCUAUUGUGGUAAUCAGUGCAGUGCCAGAUAUUCCGCCCAAAACCGAGCUUGAGCAUACUGCCCGGGAAAUUGCCACCUCGAUUGUCCAAUCCAACACUGGCCACACAUCUCCUCGGUUAUUUCUAGAAAUGUGUUACACCCCUACGCCGAUGACGUGGCUGGCGACUCUGGCGCAGCAACAUGGUUGGAACAUUAUUGAUGGACUUGAUGUCAUGGAACACCAGGCUAUUGAGCAGUCCGUUCUAUGGACUGAACGAUCGCGCCAAAGCUUGCCCACGGGAUUGGCGAACAAGGCAAUCCGUGAAGCUCUUCAGCGAUGA